AUGAAAUCCACCCAGGAUAUUUCCCCGCCACCCCGCCUUUCUGAGAGGCAUAAUGGUAUUCCGGACCGGCUAUUCGAUAAAGCCCAGAAAGUGAAGAACGAUAUCCUGGAGAUCGCCACCAAGUCUACCACAAAUCGAACCCAAGUGGCGAUUCCCCAGGGCACCAGUCAAGCCAUGUUCCACAAAGCGAUAGAGGAACUUCAAACCAAACUUGGUGAAGAGAAUGUGGAGCUUGUUACCAAACUAGUGGACGGAUGGUACAUCGAAAACCCGAAUACUCACGAUGGAAUGCAUAUUGCAGCAGAAGAUGAAUUCGUUGCGUCCGCCAUAGUUUAUCCAGGCACCAUAGAAGAGGUCCAAAUCAUUGUUCGUUGGGCUAAUCUAUACCGCAUCCCGAUUUCGCCCAUCUCAAUCGGCCGGAACUAUGGCUAUGGAGGUGCAGCUCCUCGAGUACGCGGCGCAGUGGUCCUAGAUCUCGGACGACGAAUGAACAAAAUUCUCGAUAUAAACCCCGAUGAUUGUACCUGUCUAGUCGAGCCAGGCGUUACAUACUUUGCUUUGUACGAAGCAGUUCAAGAUCGUGGUUAUAAGCAUCUUUGGGUUGAUGUUCCGGAUAUCGGGGGAGGAUCCGUCUUGGGAAAUGCUCUUGAUCGUGGCGUGGGAUAUACACCAUAUGGGGAUCACUGGGGGAUGCAUUCUGGUAUGGAGGUGGUUUUGCCUACAGGUGAGGUAAUUAGAACGGGCAUGGGUGCUUUGCCUAAGAACAAUAGCUGGCAACUCUUUGCGCCUGGAUUUGGACCUACAUCUGACGGCCUCUUUUCGCAAUCAAAUCUGGGAAUUGUCACGAAGAUGGGCUUUGGCUUGAUGCCGAACCCCGGUGGUUAUGAAGCUUAUCUAUACACCUUCCCCAAAGAGGAUGAUCUUGCCCAGCUGAUUGAGAUAAUUCGACCCUUACGAAUUGCAAUGAUACUGGAGAAUGUCGCUCAGCUUCGUCACAUUAGCAUGCAGGUUGGUCUCGAAGGAAAGCCUCGAAGCCAUUACUACAACGGCACAGGACGCGUUCCCAGCAGCAUCAUCCACGAUGCAGCCAAGAAGCUCUCCCACGGUGAUUGCUCAUGGCUAUACUACGGGAUGGCAUAUGGCCCUCCAGAAAUCCGCAAGUACAAGCUAGACAUCAUCGAUAAGGAAUUUAUGAAGAUUCCCGGCGCACGACGAAUUGAUCCAUCCACUCUUCCUAAGGACGACUAUUUCUGGAUUCGUGAUAAGAUCGCAUCUGGUGUUCCAGAAAUCGAGGAACUCCGUUGGGUCAACUGGCAUCCCAAUGGCGGACAUAUCGCAUUCAGUCCUGUCUCUCCCGUUCGAGGUAGCGAUGCCACGGCUUUGUGGGAUAUUGCACAGCGACACUGCGAGGAAUUCAACUUGGAUUUAUUUCCAACUUUUGUGGUGGGGUUACGCGAGAUGCAUCUCAUUGUCGAAAUCGUGUUUAAUCGUGAUGACCCGGUUAUGCGUGAUAGGGCACGGGCAAGUCUUCGGGGAAUGAUCGACGAUGCGGCAAAGAAGGGGUACGGUGAAUACCGCACCCAUCUUGCGUUUAUGGAUCAGAUUGCUGGUACUUAUAACUGGAAUGAUGGCGCCCUUCAGAAGUUCAAUGAGAGAAUCAAGGAUUGCUUGGAUCCAAAUGGAAUCAUGGCUCCUGGCAAGUCAGGAGUCUGGCCAGCUCGUUAUCGGGGACGAGCUUGGGAGAUGAAUGCUACGAAUGAACCCUGUGAAGGCGAGGGAGUACAUCCUGUUGCUGGUUCUUUUAAGAUUUGA